AUGGCCCCCUUCACCACACCACAGCCGGUACAACACCAGCUAGAAAACCGGCGCUACACCCCGCUCACCCCGUCUCCUCUCAACCCAAACACGCCUUCCAUUCAUCUCCGAACCACCCAGCGCCACCACCGGCCCAGGACGACAGCGGCAGCAGUACCACCGCCGCCCAGCAACACCACUAACAACAGAAUAAGACCAACGCUCCUCAAACCCAGCAGCAGCCCCGCCAACAGGACCCAGCAGCGAUACGCGCGGCUCCUCGCCCACGACAGCCCGACGCAGCGGCUACUGCGCCAGAAAGCAGCCACGGCAUGGCGGAGGUCCGAGGUGCUGCGGCUGCAGGAGCGAGAGCAACACCAUCAUUACCAUCAUUGUGACCGCAGCUUUCCCGACUUCCGAUACCUACCCGAACAACAUCAGCAGCCACAUCUUGACGCCGCUAGAGGGGCAGCAGCAGGAGGAGCAAUAGCAGACUGUAGUCAUCAACCUCUUAAUAGAAAGGGGGAUAGCGGCACCAGCAGCGGUGAUGUUGAUAACGGUCGGUGGGAAGCCGACCUCACCAUCACCAACCCCCUGGCAGACACAGACGCAGAGUAUGGAGGGCCGGGCGGGGAUGAAACCGGAACUGAAGCUGGAGACGAAGAAGUUGGGGGGAGGGAUAGCGCCUUGCUCAUGAUGGACAACCGGAAGGGAAGCGGAUCGAAAUUCGGUCCAGCGAUGCUAGACUGGCAAGGGACCGGAGAACGUGGUAGGGGUGACACUGCUUGGGCCGGUGCCGGCUGCGGGUUUGAUAGCUUUGAAGAGGGCCGUUUGGAGGCUCGUCUGGAUCCAGUCCAGUUGCGAGAGGAUAGGGCGUGGCGGGCUCAGGGUUCCGGUGGUGGUACCCUGCGGCGGAUGCUUGUUGUCGUGGUGGUGGUUGUGGGCCUGGGGCUGGCCCAUGGGCUCGUUAGUGCCUUCGGGAGCUGGGCCGGUGGUGGUGUAGCGGGUGGGAGGCCGCUGGCGGGAAGGUGA